CUUUAUCUCACGAGAAAUCAUGUUACGAACUCUGCGAGACAUCAAACUCCAACUUCCGGAAGGCUACGCAAUGAUCGAACCUAUCAAGCCAGAUACAUUGUUUAAAUAUUACCAAUGGAUAACUACCAUUGCUGUAGCUUUACCUGGGAAACUACGAAUUUUCGCCAAAAUUCCCUUAAUCACCCCUAGUGGAUAUUUUGAUAUGUACGAAAUUGUCAAAUUUCCAACAUACAUCCCUACAUUAAAAACCUUUUUCCAAUUUAAGCCAGAAUAUCCUAUUAUUGCUCUGUCUAUGGAUAGACAAUCGUAUAUGUUGCUCCAACGAUUCGAACUCACUAUGUGCAAGAUAGACCACUUUCCUAUUUGUUCAUUAAACGUUCCCAUACAACGAUUCCCUCAACGAAGUUGUGAGUAUGCUCUGUUUAAUGGAAUCGAAACCCAAGUUAAAGACCUCUGUACUCGACAAAUCGUCGCAAGAUAUGCUCCUAUCUUUAAGAGAAUAGAUGAACAAGGAACCUGGAUUUAUUCCACAUCUGAAUCUCUCACCUUAACUAUCAGAUGUCCUACUAGACCUCAGAAAUCCCCUUUUAUAUCUACAACUCACAAAUUGAAUUAUACCGGGAUAAUUAAUUUACCAAAUGCAUGUACAGGGUACCUACCCGGAAUCGUUCUCACCUCACACUUUCAAAGACAAUCAACCUUACAACUUGAGAUAGCACAACACUUAGUAGUUCCUCAAAUUGAACAACUUUUAAAUCAAACUGAACUUCAAAUACUUCAAAAACGUCUCCUAGAAUCACAAACCCAAGAAAAGAGAAAUCUAAACUCCGACUACGAUAUCAAGUUAGCAGACCGAUCCUUAUCAGACGUCACCUAUGACCUCAAUCACCUGUUACAAAUGACAACUAAAUCAACACCUCCAUCCUACCUCUCAACGGUAAUGACGAUAAUUACAAGUUGCCUUGGUACUGUUGUUAUGGGAUGCUGCCUUUAUUAUAUCAUUCGACGUUACGUUCAGCAGAAAAAACGUCGUCCACCACCUCAACCACACCCCACAGAACCCGAGCCAGAACACAUCUCCCCUUAGUGAAAGAGAAAGUCAACAGCAACCCGACAC